AUGACUUUUAGCAAAGAUAAAAACAGACGCUUUUCUUAAAAUCGGGUUUGGUUGCUGAGCGCUGGGAUUUGCUGGCUGUUAAGUUUGUUUGUUUCGGUUUUUAUUUUAAUGCUGUGUGAGGAGCGCGAGACAGAAGUCCUCGGCGUGCGUGCGGAACUGGAUUUGUUUUCCACAUCAUCCCUGUUUCCGUGGUUGGUCUGUCAGGAUGGGCUAAAAACAACUGCUAGCACCUGAGCAACUCACACCUGGACCCUUCAUAGUCUCACCUGCACACAGGUGGUGAGACUCGACACCAUGCAGGGACCUCGGAGGAAGGUGAAGGUCAUGGCGAUGAUGACAAUGGUGUUUCUCUUCAUAGUGGUGGAGGUCUCUCGCAAUGCUGGGAAGGGCAGCAGCAGUAAAAACAAGUCUCUGGUUCCCUUGAAGCGUUUCUGGGCAAAAGAUCUUCCCAGCGACGCCUAUUGGAAUCGGCAACAGCAGCAGAUUAACUACAUCAACAACCGCAACCUAGAAAAGCUCAACUACACAAUUGAUAAUCUUCCAGACUGGCUAAACGACACCGUCAGCCUGGACUCAUGUGACCCAGACUAUAGAGUGACCACCCAAGUGAAGGAUUACAACUCUUUACCUGAUCGAUUCAAGGACUUCCUGCUUUACAUGCGCUGCAGGUCCUAUCCCAUAGUUGUGGACCAACCAAACAUAUGCAAAAAACAACCGUUCCUUUUCCUAGCCAUUAAAUCUUUAGUCCCACACUUUGACCGACGUCAAGCUAUCCGUGAGUCAUGGGGCAAAGUUGGCCGCAUUGCGAACAGAUCCGUCGUUACGGUGUUUCUUCUGGGAAAUGCGGCCACCGAGGACCACUUUCCUGACCUCUCAAAGAUGCUCCAUCACGAGAGCUCCAUUCACAGAGAUAUCCUUCAGUGGGACUACAGGGACACCUUCUUCAACCUCACUAUCAAGGAGGUGCUUUUUCUGGAAUGGCUGAGCACGCGCUGUCCUGGAGCCAAUUUCAUCUUUAAGGGCGAUGACGAUGUUUUUGUUAACACCAUCCACAUCAUAGACUUCCUAACUAAUCUUUCUAAUGCCAAAGCAAGGGAACUGUUUGUGGGGGAUGUGAUUACUAACGCUGGGCCACACAGGGACAAAAAGGUGAAGUAUUUUAUACCUGAGAGCAUGUUUGUUGGAAUGUACCCUGCAUACGCUGGAGGGGGAGGUUAUUUGUUUUCGGGACAGCUGGCGCAGAGACUUCACAACAUCUCGAAGUUGGUGCCCCUCUACCCCAUUGAUGAUGUCUACACGGGUAUGUGCCUUAUGAAAAUGGGCCUCGCGCCUGAGAAGCACAAAGGCUUCAGGACGUUUGAUAUCGAAGAGAAAUAUCGCGAUAACGCCUGUGCCUAUAAGAGCUUAAUGCUGGUCCAUCCCAGAAGUCCUCAGCAUAUGAUCAAAAUAUGGGCCUGGCUGAAUGACCCAGCCUUGAACUGUCAGUGAACAGCUGCUGCUCAUAGGUUUUACAGAUUAAACAAAACUCAAGGGCGUCUCAUAUUGAAAUGUGAUUUUGGAACAUUUUCAAAACCAGUUCCAGUGAGUUUAGCAUGUGACGCUCAUGUGGUUUUUCUACAAGGGAUUGGCUGCUUUAAAGGGAUAGUCCACUGAAAAAUCACAAUUCUGUCAUUGUUUAUUCACUCUCAUGACUUUUUAAAACUGUGGGAUUGAACUCUCUUGGUUUUUAUGAACCAAAUUAUUAUUAUUAUUAUUAUUAUUAUCUGAGAUUCAGAGUUGUGUUUGAACCCCGCUGACUUUGUUUAUAGAUUAAAUAUUUUCGUGUGUGUUCGUCUGACAACAGUUUGAAAUGACAUGAGGGCGAGUAAACAUUGACAGAAUUUUCUUUGUGGUGAGCUCUCCCUUUAAUGUUUUACAAUUCCAUUUAUUAUUAGCAUUCUGAUGUACUUCAUUUCAUGUCAAAGGUCAGAGCCCUAAGCUUGUUGGAUGUAUAUAUUUUAAUGUGGCUCAGAAUUACUGCACACAAGUAUUGCAAGGGGUUAACUUUUGGUUGACAUUCUGUUAAAAAUGUUACAAGUAUUUAUACAGUGCUCUCUGGUUUGUGUUAUCAGAGGUACUAAGCAUUGUGGGAAAUGUAGUUCAGCUGGUCUGAACAUGGCACAAGCAAUUCACCACUCACAUGAACACUCUGUUGGACAUAUGUAGAACUUUUUUUUUUUUUUUUUUUCUCCUAUGGGAGAAGUGAGAUGCAUUUAAAGGAUCGGAUGUUUUAUACUUUACUUUUUGUUGCUUUAGGUCAUUUAUGCAGCCAUCACAAGGCUAAUCUCUUGGUCUGUACUUGCCGUUUUAGUUCUCUGCAAUGUGAAUGAACAUGCUGCCCUCUUGUUUUGCACACAAACAGCCUAAAAGCAGAGGCGAGUGUGUUUUCAGAGAAAUGAAGAGUUUGCUCCUUUUAGAGCCCUGCUAAUUGGGACAGCGGUUUCUGAAACCUAAAUAUUUAGCCUAAAUAUAGGUUGCCCACACACACUUGGAAAUAUGUGCUUGUGCACAGACCUUCUUUCUUCUGAUUUACUUAUUUAAUUUGCAGACAAUCAAUUUCAAGACACAAUGGAACUUUUUGUAUUAACAUUUUACCCAAGGUUGCGUUAUUGUCAGCAGAAUGUACAACAAUAAUUUCUGACAGAAAAACAAAACCGACUAAAAGCUUGUUUCUGUCUCUGAUCUGAUUCUAAACCUUCUCAGGACGUUCCUUAGGGUAAAAAUAUCAAGGUUGUGAUUCAAAUAAGAAACAUACCUAAUGUAGCUUCUUGGCUAAACGCAUUCAAUUUGACUUUUUCAGUUUUGGAUUAUUCCUGUUGCUGUAGUGUUUUUGUGCUGUUAUUUUCCACCUUUAAAAAGAGGCCAGGAAGCAGGUCUCGGCUGGAUGACUUGAUUAUUAUGUGUUACGAUGACCCCUGCUGGGCUGAAUGAUAUUUUUUUUUAAAUCAACACUGGACCUCUUUUUUUAAAGUGGUAGCUCACCCAAAAAAAUGCACAUUACCUCAUUUAGUCUCUCUCAUUUGCUUUUUAAAACUGUUGAGUUUCUUUCUGUCGAACACAAAUGAAGAUAUUUUGAAGAAUGUGGGUUCCUGGCACCCAUCAAAUGACCAUAGAAGAAUAGAAGUCAAUGGGGGCCAGUAACCAGGAUUCUUCAAAUUAUCUUCUUUUGUGUUCAGCAGAAGAAUGAAACUCAAAUCGGUUUUGAAUGAGUGAACUGUGAGUAAGUGAUAUCAUUUAAUUUUUGGAUUAACUAUCGCUUUAAGUCUGGGGUACCCAAACUUGGGCCGGUGUCUGGCAUAGCUAAGCUCCAACUUGCUUUAACACACCUGCCUUGAAGAUUCUAGUAUAGGCAGAAAGAGAUUGAUUAGCUGGUGCAGGUUUAAUUGGGGUUGGAACUUAAAUAUGUAGGACACCGGGUUUGGGCACCCCUGCUUUAAAUCCUGUAUAUGGCCUGUCUGUAGUAGAACAAAUGUAUAUUUCCCUCUCACUUUUGAGUGGGGACUAUUUAUCAGCUGUUUCUCUUACGAAUAUAAAGAGGUGUACACCUAGUAAGCUUUCUGCUCACGAAAUAUUCUCUAUUUUUCUGCGGUCUGCCUCACCGUGUUUGCUGAACAGUUUAAUCAACUUGGUUUAUAGAGUUUCAAAUCAAAUUGUCCACCAAGCUAUGGAAAAAUGAGGACCAUAAGGAUGUUUCAUAUCGUCUCUCUGCUGAUGGUCAGAAAGGCACACCGGAUGUAGUGUUUGGUGAAAGAAACAAAGUGUUUACAUGUGUUCUUAAACAGUGAGAAAAGCUUGUGUUUUCUAGUAUAUGAAUCAUGAUAGACAGGUUUUUUAUACACUGGUAUUUACUGUACUCCUGUGAAGUCUACAGGACAUUGUUUGUGCUUCUGAGCGAAAUAGAUGAUAUUGUUCACAGCUUUAAUGUUUGUAUACCGGAAGUGUAGUUGAGUUUUUUUUUUUUUUUUUUUUUUUGCUUCUGCCUUAAUGAUGCAUCAUAAUUAACUCAAAUGUUACAAUGCGAUGUGUUGGAUUAAGUGUGUCUUUAGUGUUGUGCGUGUCUGUGUAUUUAUGUGGAUGUGUAGCUAUAUAAAGGCUAAGAAGUCAGAUCGUGAUAAUCCAGUUCUAAACAAGAAAUAAUUGCGGCUUUUUUAUUAAAUGAUUGUUUUGAAUUUAUGAUUUGUUCAUUUCUCAGCCAUAUCUGUCGAUUUCUUUAAAAUGUAAAGGCGUUCACUUGACUAAAGUUUUUAGGAAGAUGUUUUGACACCCUUCAAACACUGCAACCAACAUGUGCCUUUAAUAAUUGUGAUUGAUUGUUUGCCUGGCAGUCCUUCUGUAACUGAAAAUGCACAUGUAUGUUUAUUUUGCCUUGCCUCUUUCUGAUUUAAUUGAUCUAAUAAAUGGACAAACUGAUCAGAUGUUUAUCAAAACAAUGUU